CGCUAGUAAAGCUUAUACAAUUCUUUCUUGAAAUACACGUCGCGUAUUCUCUUUUAGAAAACUUACGUUACGCGAGUCGUUUACUUCGGGGAAUAUCGCGGAACUCAUGAAGUUUUGCGAACGGUGAGUGCCAUCGUAAAUUAUAUGUGUCGUAUUUUAGAGUUUUGUCAUAGCGCGACUGAAAUAAUCUCCGAACGAUCUAGCUGUUACAUUCUAAAGGACAUUAAAUUAAUUCGCAGUAAUAUUCAACGAAAAUAGCGAGCAAAUAUCAGAGAUAAUUAAUGUUUCUGUUGUGCAGAAACAAUACCUUUAUGAAAACGAUUGAUACCAAUUCUGAUUACACAAAUCGUAAUUGAAAAGUAUACAGUAUACCUUUUGUAUAAUUUAUCCUAUUUCGUAGAAAAUGGAAAAUAUUAUUAGGAAUUUACGCGUGGAUUAUAAUAGCAUGCCCAUCACUGGACUGUUUCUUGUUUACCCGACGUAUUACAUACACGUGUUAGAGGCGUGGGAAGAUAUCAUUUAUAAGCACUACGAGCUUAUGUACGCCGCGGACGACGAUGAAUGUAAAUUCGGAAAAGCAAUUCCCCUGCCUUCGUAUCAUCACGUUCAUCAGGUCGGUGGCCUGAUAUGUGGCGCGCGUAGAUUCUUCCCGGGGUGGUGCCACGUCUAUACGAUGCCGCCGACCUUAAUAGGGACGUUAGACGCCCGCACGUUGGACGAAAUUCUAAAGCAAGUCUCAAACUGUCUAAUAAAGGUGUACACGCUAUGCGAGUAUAUUGCAAACGCGGUGCGUGAAAAGGUUCGCAAUUUUGCAGAGAUCUAAAGGGAGAUACGUAAGGCAAGCCACGCUCUCCGUGCGCGCACGGGUCGAGAGGUUUGAUGAGGCUUCAAAGAAUUGUUGAAUUCGCGGGGAGGGAGGAAGAGAUU